AUGAGUGCAAGCAACAGUGAAUGCAGCACGAGGAACACCAGAUGCCGUGAAGAGGAAAGUGACCGCAGUGAUGAAGAAUCUGUUGGAGGUGAAGAAGACACUGAAGGCAGCAAUGAAGAUGAGGAAAUGGAAUGGAGUGAAGAAGACAUUCAAGUGGCAGAGGCAUGGGAAGAGAUAGCAGAUGAAGAGAGGAAUGAGAACAGCAAAGUUGAUGAUGUUCAUCAUGGCAGCCCUGUAGCCUCAAGAUGUCAGUAUUACACAGAGAAACCCGGCUACACUUGUCCAUCUCAUCAUAGCUCUUUUGUUUGGAAGAAGCAGAGACGCAUUCUGCCUCUCGACCUUAUCGUGCUGUGGAUCUACGGCACGGAGGUUUGCGCAGAAACAAGAUACUCAGUUGCAGAAGAGGUGAAUGGUGGAUCCUUGGUGGGAAAUGUGGCGAAGGAUCUGGGGCUGGACAUCACCUCUUUAACGGACCGACGGUUCCGCGUUGUGUCUGAAAACGAGAACGCAUUUUUUGAUGUGAACCAGGACAGCGGGGAUCUGUUCGUGCUGAAAAAAAUCGACAGGGAGGAGCUGUGUCAGGGUGGUGCUGCAUGCCUUAUGGAGCUGAAGAUCAUUGUGGAAAAUCCUUUGGAGAUACACUACGUGGUUGUAGAAAUUAAGGAUGUGAAUGAUCACGCUCCCGUUUUCCCCGAGAAGGAGCAGAGUUUUGAAAUAUUUGAGCAAACGUCUCCAGGGACGCGAUUCCAGCUGCACGCUGCUCGUGAUCCAGAUGCAGGCUCUAACACAAUACGUGCGUACACAUUAACAUCAAAUGAACACUUUGAUAUAGAUGUACGUCAAAGUGAUGAGGAUAAAAUACCAUUUCUGGUGCUAAAGAAGUCUUUAGACAGAGAACAAAGGAGCAAGCACGUGUUAUAUGUAACAGCUGUAGAUGGAGGGAAACCUCCAAGAUCAGGAGCAUUGAAUGUCUCUGUUAUUGUUCUGGACAGUAAUGAUAACCGCCCUAAAUUUAGUCAGGAAUCAUAUCAAAUUGAUGUAGAAGAAAAUGUACCAAUCGGCAUUUCAAUAUUUAAAAUAAACGCAACAGAUCCUGAUGAAGGCACCAACAGUCAAAUUGAAUAUAGCCUUGGAAAAACACUUAAGAAAAAAGUCUACAAUAUUUUUGACCUGGAUAAAAUAACAGGUGAGAUAAGAGUUAAAGGUGCUGUUGAUUAUGAGGAAAACGAUGUUUAUAAACUGGACAUAGAGGCUUCAGAUAAAGGAACACCCCCAUUAAAAGGUGAGUGUAGACUCAUUGUAAAAAUCAAAGAUGUGAAUGAUAAUCCACCUGAGAUUGAUAUAACAUCGCUAUCUAAUAAAGUGCCUGAGGACUCAAAGCCUGGCACAAUUAUUUCCCUUAUUAGUGUAAAAGAUAAAGAUUCAGGUCUCAAUGGUAAAAUUAUUGCAAGCAUUAGCUCCGAGGUUCCAUUUGAACUGAAGCCAUCUUACAAAGAAAAUACAUACUCAAUUGUUACAAAAGGAUUUUUAGACCGUGAAGAGAUUUCUAGUUUUGAAAUAACAAUCAGAGCAACUGACUGUGGUGAGCCCCCGUUAUCUGCGUUUAAAACACUUACAGUUCAGUUAACAGACAUAAAUGACAACACACCUCAGUUCUCCCAAAACCCAAUAAACAUAUAUCUUUCAGAAAAUAACAAGGCUGGGGAAAUAAUAUUUAGUGUGAGUGCCACUGAUAAAGAUGUGAAUGAUAAUGCUGUUAUCUCAUAUCAAAUCUUGAGGGAUGGUCGCAACAAAGACAUGACCUCAUUCUUAAAUAUUAAUUCAGAAAAUGGACAAAUAACAGCACUGAAGAGUUUUGACUUUGAGAGUCUGAAAACUUUCCAGUUCCAAGUUGUGCCCAAAGAGGCUUUUGCAGCUUCUGAUGUUAAAAGUGCAGCACCAGAUGAUGACGAGAAUAAUGUGACUUUUUACCUCAUCAUCACUUUGGGCUCAGUUUCAGUUCUGUUCCUCAUCAGCAUCAUCGUGCUGAUUGCAAUGCAGUGCUCAAAAUCCACAGACUUUACUUCUAAAUAUCUGCAGGAGGCUAAUUAUGAUGGGACACUGUGUCACAGCAUCCAGUACAGAUCUGGAGACAAACGCUACAUGUUAGUUGGACCCAGGAUGAGUAUAGGAUCUACUAUGGUACCUGGAAGUCAUGCAAACACUCUGGUCUUACCUGACAGGAGGAAAACAUCUGAGGAGGAAACCCUUUGGGAUUUCAUGGAGUACUAA